CUGCUGGGCUGACAUGUCCUCAGGCUGCUGCUCGGGACCUGUCCGGUCAGGGAAACACGGACCUCCAGCACAGACCUCCAGCACAGACCUCCAGCAGUGCCCAGCGGGACUAGAAGCUCGUUCAUACGCACUGACGGGUUUUACGGCUUUAUUUAAGUUUUAUUUAAGCCAGUUUUACGCCUUUCAGACAAUGACUGCAUAGCGUGAUAGGCGGCGGUAGUGCAGCGUGAACGCGUGCAGACCGCCAUUAAACCCAGAGAAGAAGAAGCUUGGCGUUUCUCGGAGGCGUGCAGCGCCUGUGACAGCUUCCUGCGUGUUUUCCAGCGUGAACAUGAACGUGGCUGAAGCGAAAUCAGAGCUGAAGCGGCUGCUGAGCAGGCUGAGGCCGGCUGAACUCACGCAGCUGCUGGGCUGGAUGAAGAACUCAGAUGAGCUGGAGGACGAGCUGCUAGGAGAUAACGGGCGGGUGCUGCUGCAGAGUAUUGCAGAGGACCUGCGGGCAAAUGUGGCCCCCGAUGCUAUGCUGCCCUGUGAGACCGCUGCCUACAGUAAGAUGCAGCGGCGGUCACGGCCGACGGUUCACGUGGAUGGCUUCCUGUACGACGACGAGCAGGUGGACUCCCUGUGUGAACGGGGGCUGAUGAGCCGCAACUACUGCCUCAGCUGUGGAUCCCACAGGACUGCACCUCUGGACUUCAUCUCUCACUCGUUCUCCGUGACCGAGCUUCGGUUCCUGUUCCAGCACGUUCUUCCAGAUCUGAGUGGCCGGACAUUGGUGGAUGUAGGAUCCAGACUGGGGGCCGUGCUGUAUGGGGGGUACGUGUACAGCUCAGCGUCCCGGCUGCUCGGCCUGGAGAUCAGCGAGGGUUUCGUCAGGCUGCAGGACUCCAUGCUGCACAAAUACAAGCUGACUGACAGAGUUCAGGUCCUCCAGGCUGACGUCUGCACGCAGGAUGUUCUGCUGCAAAACGCAGAUGUUGUUGUCAUGAAUAACGUCUUUGAGUACUUCAUGGAGCCCGAGCAACAGGUCAGGGCAUGGAAGUUCAUCGUGCAGAAUUUCCGGAAGAAGGGAUCUCUGCUGGUCACUGUUCCCAGCCUGCACGAGAGUCUGAAUCCCCUGCAGGAGGUGUUGCAGCCUGACUGGGUGGAGGAGCUUCCUAUCAACUACGACGUCUACCUGGGCAGAGACACAGACCCCGACGCUCUCAGACAGAUCCACCUGUACAGGGUCAUCUGAUCUGGACUGGACCCGUUUGUCCCUGAUCUCAGUUGAAAUCGUCUUGGCUAAUUGAUACUCUGAACUGGUCAGAAGUGAGCUCGUUAAAUCCAAACCCAGUUAAUGAAACCCAUGAUCUGGUUUAAACUGGUUAGGAGGGGUUGAAAUUAUCUGGGUUGGUUAGAGCUGGACUCUUCCUUCCCUGGUCUGCAUAUCAAAGAAACUCAGGCUUUGUCUCGUUAAUUGAGUUGCACUUGCAAAAUACUGUUAAUAUUAAUGUUAAUAUUAUAUGUCAGUUAAUUCAGCGUUGACUAAACGUGUCCUUUACUAUAAAGGCAACAAGUAACCAAUCACAAACAUGGACAGAUGAGCGUGGCAACAUGAUGAAAGUGUCAAAAUGAGGCUUUCUCUAGUAAAUCCUCAUAUUGAGUCACAAUGAGACUACCUGACUAUCCCAGCAGAAAACUCAAUAAAUACAACUUUCCACACACCAA